CGCGCAGGGCCCGCCUCGGACGCGCGCGCACGCUCCCCGUCCCCAAUCCGGGAGCCGCGCCGGCUCCGCGCCUCUUCGCCGGGUGCACAGCAUCUCAGCGCGGUGCAACGUGACUUCCUUCCUGCAGCUGAGCGAUCCGGGCUGUUCAGAACAAGGAAGUGUGAGCAGACUGCUGGCCUGGCUGGUCCAUCAUGGCGGAAAAAGUGAACAACUUCCCACCAUUGCCCAAAUUCAUCCCACUGAAGCCAUGUUUCUACCAAGACUUUGAGGCAGACAUCCCUCCUCAGCAUCUCAGCUUGACCAAGCGCCUCUACUACCUCUGGAUGUUGAACAGCGUCACGCUGGCCGUGAACCUGGUGGGCUGUCUCGCGUGGCUCAUCGGAGGCGGGGGAGCCACCAACUUUGGCCUGGCCUUUCUCUGGCUCAUCCUCUUCACACCUUGCUCCUACGUCUGCUGGUUUCGGCCCAUUUACAAGGCCUUCAAGACAGACAGCUCCUUCAGCUUCAUGGCCUUCUUCUUCACCUUCAUGGCCCAGCUGGUCAUCAGCAUCAUCCAGGCUGUGGGAAUUCCAGGCUGGGGUGUCUGUGGCUGGAUCGCCACCAUCUCCUUCUUCAGCACAAACAUUGGCUCAGCGGUGGUGAUGCUCAUUCCCACGGUCAUGUUUACAGUUGUGGCCGUCUUUUCCUUCAUCGCCCUUAGCAUGGUUCACAAGUUCUACCGGGGCAGUGGGGGCAGCUUCAGCAAAGCUCAAGAGGAAUGGACCACUGGAGCGUGGAAGAACCCACAUGUGCAGCAGGCAGCCCAGAAUGCAGCCAUGGGGGCUGCACAGGGUGCCAUGAACCAGCCGCAGACUCAGUACUCUGCCACCCCCAACUACACAUACUCUAAUGAGAUGUGAGCCAGCCAAGCCUACCAGGAGGCAGGGCUGGGGGCCAGUGGGACAGGGGGCUCAAGCCACAUCGUCUGUGUGGUGACCAAGCAGGGUUCCCCCUUCCCUUUCCUCCUCCCCAACUUUGUACAAAGAAUCAGAGUUAUAUAUAUAUAUAUGUGUGUGUGUGUGUGUGUGUGUAUAUAUGUAUAUGUCUAUCCCCUGCCCCCACCUUUUGGGUCCUGCUCUUGACACUCCGAGAGCUGUGGGCUGCACAAGGAGUGGUCCUGUGCAUUGGUAGCUGAGUUCACGUCCCCUUGUGAAAUAAUGUGCAGUGGAGAUCUCUUGUUGUGGUGCUAGAUGUAUGUUUAGAACUAAACCAGCUCCCCUCCACCCUGUCCACCAGGUUGCCCCCUCUGACCCUGACCCAGGGACUCCUUGUGGGGCAGGGGGAGGCCUAGCAGAGAGCCUGGCACCCUGUGCAGGGUUAUGAGCUGAAGCUAUCCCCCUUUGGUCCCAUUGGGAAGCAACAGUAUUUUGCAUUCAUGGUGAUAAGUAGGUUCUAGAGCGUGGGAUGGAGAGGAUGUUUCCUUGCUCCCCUCAACCUUUUUCUCCUCUUGUUUCUGCCUCUCUGUUAGACUCUUUGUUCUCUCCUCCCUAGCUGACUCUUCCAGGAUCUUUCUCCUCCCCAUGUAACUUUUCUUUGUCUUCCUAAGGCUGAGUGUCCCAGUUAUGUCUGCUUCCAAGACUGCCCAGAUCCCCAAUUCUGAUCUGCUCCCCAGUUCAGGGAAGCUGACAUGGGAGAUGAGCCAGGCCUGAUGUGGAAGGGGCACACCGCUUGGAGAUGGAGAGCCUGUUUGGUACUUGACUCCCAGGGAAUGGAAAUGCAGGCCUUCCUCCUUGGUUCUGAAAGCCUGGCUAGAAGAGGCAGGCUGCCUCUUUUCCCUCUCUGACUUCCCUCCCCUUUCUCCCCUGAUCCUCCUUUAGCCACUCUGCAUUUCCUGUGGAGCUGGGUUGUGACUUGUUAGCUGUAUGGCCACUGCUGGAACAGGGGGCAUGGAACUUAUUAUUGGCCCCUGGGGGAGGUGUGGCUGGCCCCAGCCCACAAGGGCUUCUAGGUGUCUCAGAGUAACCAUUGGAAUCCUGGGAGGAGUAGCUGCUCUGUUUGAGUAUGGCAGAAAGGACAGAGCUUAGAGGGCCAGGUCUGAAGCCAGGGAUCAAAAGAGAAGUCAAAGAGAAGCCCAUUGAGAGGGUAGCUUACCUCUCCAGUCCCACUUGCCCUUGGCUACAAGACAGAUUUCUGUGUGGAUGCUCCCAGGCCCAGUUGAAGCUCCAAGCACAAUGUUCUGAGCAGGGUUCCUGUUUGACAGGGAGGGAAGGAGGAUUCUGCCUUUAGUUUUUAGUUUUGUGGGCUUGGCCCCUCCCUCCUCUUCCAUUCUCUUGAGAACUAACUACAGGACUUGGUUCCUGGCCUUUUCUUAGCUCUGUUAGAACCCUCCUCUCCUUGAUGACUGAUCUCAGUCCCCAGGACUGUCUCUUCCAAGCAGUGGGUGGACAUUGCCUGGUCGAGGAUCUGGUUGUGUGUGAGGCCUGAGGUGGGUAGGCCUCGACAAGGAGCAGUUACCUGUUUCUCACCUCCUUCCAACAGAAACUCACCUGGGCUAGAUAGACUGGAGAGCCAGACCCCACCCGGCCAUUCUAGGCUGGUUUAUCUUGGGACCUACCUGGUUCCAGGUCACCUUGAGCUUCGAUUUUUAGCUUCUUCCUUGUAAGAGAAGCCAAGAAUCUCUGGAAAGUUCCCUUCCUAAUGACCCCUUAGGCUUAGCUGAUUCUCUCCCCCACUGUUUUCCCUGUGGAGAGCAGUUGCCACAUGCCUUGGUACCCUAAAGAGACCCCAGGGCUAUGCCCUCCCUUGUUUACCCUCCUCCUGACCCCAGACUUCUUUUUCCCCUUUCUCUUGGUCCUCUGGAAGUUCCAGGAGGGCUAUGAUCCAGCUGCCAGCCCAGCAUCCACGAGCUGUUGGAUGUUACCUCCAGUUUCCUGCCCUACCUACCCUUUCCUCUUUCCUGGCUCAGACCUAUUGGCCGUGCCUGGCGCUGCCCUUGGGAAAGCCUGUUACCAGUGUCUGGCCCUGGAAUGCUGCAUCUCCAGGCAACUAUGCACUUUCACGAGGAGGGAACCAGGAUGAGAAAGGGGGCUGGGCACAGAUGGCUUAGUUUGGGGUUUGGGAGGAGGGCCCAGUUGGUUCUGGGGAUCCUCCUGACAGCUGCCAGCCAGUGACCUGCUUUUGCAUUCUCCUGGUGCCCACUGCCCCUUGUUUCUGAGAGACACAAACUCUUCCCUAGCUGGCAGUUGACCUGCCUGAGCCAAUGUGUCUAUCUGUGGUAACUGGAUGAACCAUAAUAAAAGGGAUCAUUUGACCCUG